AUGAUGGCUCCGUCGAGAGGCGACGAAAGCGGCACGGAGCGCGCGCAGCUCCGCGUCGGGAGCGGCCCCGCGGCGCCUCUCGAGGAGGCCGGCACCGCGCCGCCGCGGUGGAGGCCCAGCCGCCGCCUGGCGGCCGCCGGUGCCGCAGUGGCCUGCGCGGGCUUUGUGGCGGGCGUGCUGGUGCGGGCGGUCGGCUGGCGCAGCCUGGCCCGGCAGGCGCUCGGGGCCAGGAGCGCGGGGCUCGUCUCGGAGGCCGCCGCGGAGCUCGUCGGCAGCAGCGUGGGCUGCCGCAACCUGGCCUCGAUUCGGACGGGCGAGCUCGUCAUCCUGGACAGCGCGCAGAAGUGUGCCGACCGCUGCAAAGAAAGAUCUGACUGCGUGCAAUUCAACUGGCAGAAGGGGAACACCCCCGGCCGUUGUGGCCGCGACGAGUGCGACAUGGCAGAGUACGGUUACACAUUCGGCACGUGCCUCAUGUACAAGCAGCCGUGCGAGACGGUCCACAGCGACAAGUGGGACUUGUACAGUGCAGAGCCAGAUCCGCCAGGGGAGGGGCCGAGAUACUGCCCCGCCGUGAGCGACCUGCAGUCUGGCGAGGGGGCCUCCGCCCUGGAGGACCAGGGCUGGACCAUCGAAGGAAGCGGCCGCGUCGGCACCCGUGCCAGCUUCGACCUGAACGGCGGCUCGGUGCAGUUCAUGGUGCAGCUGGAGGGCGUCCCCUCUGGCUCCGUCGGUGGCCAGCUCGUCUCGGCGCUCGUCGGCCUGAUCAUGCCGCAGGGGAGCGGGGAGUUCUCUUGGAGCGAGGAUUACUGCGACGGCAGUGCAGGGGGAAAGUUCUGUCCAGACGUGCACCUGCUGCAGACUAACGGAAGGUCCGCCUAUUCCGUUUCAUUGCGGACGAGCGACGACGCGGAGGGCGAAUGUUAUGCGGAGGUUGACGGCAAGUCUUGCGUCGCCGAGCGGUUUUUCCAGAGCGACAGACCCUGCGGUGCAGCGCCCGACGCCGUCAUCGACGCCACGAAGGAGUUCUACGUCGGCGUGAGCUUCCCCAGCAGCGGCCACGAGACGGAGCUGAUCGUGACUCUGCGACAGGGCGACGCGGAGCAGACCAUCCGCCUCGCCGACCUGGCCGAGGGGGCGGCGGGCCCGCCCUCCCUGGUGAGCCAGAAGGUCCUCUUCUUCUCGCUGCGGGCCCACGGCGCCGUCCUGACGUCCAGCCUGCAGGGCGUGGCCUGGGCCCCGAAGGGCGGCGCGUGCCCCGACGGCGCGGCGAGCCUGCAGGGCGCCAGGCUGCGGGUGCGCCGCCUGGUCGUCCAGGGGCAGCUGGUCCGAGGCACGUGCACCCUCUGUCAGGACGCGCGGUGA